AUGUGUCCUCUGUCCAAGCGAGUCCGUGUGCACUUCGGUUCCAGGCCUCCGUGGGCCAUACCCGCAGAACGCAGGCAGGACGAGGCCGGCGAUCGAUCGGGCUCCCGUGAGGCGCUCGAUUUCGCGCGAAGCCAGGAGCCCGCUCCGGAAUCCUUACGCUCUGGCAUGGUGCCUGUGCUCCUCCUCCUCCUGGGCGUGAUGCUGGGCUGCAGCACAGCCUGCUCACUGGACAGGGGUGCAUCUUGGAGCCUGCGCCUGCAGCGCGGGGAAUCCGUCAGGUUGUUAGGGCAGCUGAAAAGCCUGCCGGGCCACCAGUGCCUGCGGGACAGAAUGGAUUUCAGAUGUCCCUGGAAGCAAGGGCGGAUCAGCCAAGGGGAGCAGAAAGAAGAAGAUGCCACCUGUUGCCACUCCGAGAUGCUCAGGCAGCUCCUCCAGCUCUUCGCGACAGAGGCCAGCAGAGAUGCCUGGGCAGAGAGGCCGCUUGGGCAACUUGUCACUAGUCUGUUGAGUGGCCUGGAAGCGCUGGAGGGGAGAGCAGCGGAGCCAAGCCCAUCCUGUGCACCUCCUUUGGCCAUGGCCAUCCGCACCUACUUUUGGGGGAUCUCCCGCUAUCUCCAGGCAAAGGGAUACAGCCCUUGCUCCUGGGAGAUCAUCAGAGCGGAAAUGCAAGUGGCCCUUAGGACAUUCCCAGUGCCUGCAGAGAGAAGCCCCAAGAAGAGAAGAAGGUCCAUGGAGGAAUCCCCGCCGCUCAGGUGA